AUGUUAACCAGAGCUUUGGGAAUACAACGUAGGGCAUUGGUAAGAACUAUUGCUAAUAUCCCCGAUAAUAGCCCGCGCGCUUCUGAAAAUGAGAGAUGGUUGUCGGAUCUUGGAACCUUAGCCGGUGGAAGCAUAGAAACAGAGCCAAUUGCUAACUCUAUAGAAGAAUUAGAUACCUAUAAGCUUCAAGGUCCUGAUGGAGGUCUAUAUGAAGUUGUUUCAACUCCUCCUGACUCGAAGUAUAUUGUAGUAAAGUCGUUGCUUUCGAAUUUCACUUCAGUUGCGUAUUUGCAGGCGAACAAGAAUAGAAGAGUUCAGCAGUCUAACUUUGUCGAUUUGAGAAUUGUUAAAUGUAAAAGCGGCAGCGGAGGUAACGGUGUGGUGUCAUUUUUCAGAGAUGCAGGUAGAUCUAUUGGCCCUCCAGAUGGAGGUGACGGGGGUGACGGUGGAAGCAUUUAUGUGCAAGCUGUUCCUGGUAUUAAUACACUUACUAAAAUGAAAACCACCUAUAUAGCAGAGGAUGGAGCUAAUGGUGGGGCUGAUCAGUUUGAUGGAGCUAAAGGUAAGGAUUUGCUCAUUAGUGUUCCUAUUGGGACAGUAAUAAAGUGGUCCUUGCACCCAAAAGUAGUACGAAAGUUCUUGCAGGAUACCAUGGCCAGGGAACCAGGAAGCUCUAUAAGAAGUAUUCUAAAUAAAAAUGCUGUUAAAAUUCCAUGUGUUGGUGCGGCUAAAAUGGCUAUAACGCCGAAAGCAAUCCAGCUUUUUAGGAACUCAUACAAGGUGGGACAAGGAUGGAUAUUUAAAGAAAAGGACGAAAAAUAUCAUCUAGAGAAAGACUGGUUUCAGGCCUUAAAUAAGAAAGUGUCAAAUUACGAUAGAGAGAUUAUGCGUAAUGAGCUUGCGGAUGAUACAUUCCCACUUUUUGGCCUUGAUCUAGACAAAGCGACGACUACACCUAUCCGCCUACUUUCCGGAGGGAAAGGUGGUUUGGGUAAUAUGCACUUCCUAACAAACUUAAUAAGAAAUCCUAGGUUUGCAAAACUAGGGCGUGCUGGUAUUGAGCAGUAUUUUCUAUUUGAGCUGAAAAGCCUUGCUGAUUUAGGUCUUGUCGGCUUCCCUAACGCAGGUAAAUCUACUAUUUUGAAUAAAAUAUCAAAUGCUACGCCUAAAGUUGGACACUGGGAGUUUACGACCUUGAAUCCAACAAUCGGCACCAUCAAUAUGGGUAUAGAUAAACCUAGCUUUACUGUUGCUGAUAUUCCCGGUAUUAUUGACGAUGCAUCUAACGAUAAAGGAAUGGGCCUUGAAUUUAUAAGACAUAUUGAACGUUCAAAGGGCCUUGUUUUUGUACUAAGUCUUGAGGACUUGAACCCUAUUGAUAAGUUGAAGACUUUAGUAAAGGAACUUGGUGGUCUUGAUAAAGUUUCUGAAAAAAAUGUCCUUGUGGUAUGCAAUAAGGCAGAUAUAGACUACGAGAAACCCGAAUCAUUUCAAAAAUACUUAAUAGUGCAACAGUUCUGUAAAAGUCAGAAUUGGGACAUUAUACCAAUAUCAGCAUUAAAAGGUGAAAAUAUUGACUUGUUAAUCAAUAAGAUGGCUAAAUGUGCUGGUAAACUUCCUGUAUAA